UUCACAUCAAUAUCUCCGUGGACUCAUCACUAAAUGGUCGUAAAUGUGAACAAUCGGUGUUUAUUGUUGUAAUUUUGAGUUCUUAUUUUGUUUAUGUUUUUAAGGAUAAUUCAUUUCCAACCUUUUUGAUAUCGGGUUUGGUGUUCUGGUAAUUUUUUCAGCCGUGUAUUUGAUGUCAAAUGCGACUUGAUGUAAAUUGUGUGUAUACAAUUUUGAGAAUUGCUGAUUCGAUACUAAUCUGAUUAUGGCAUGGGUGACUUCGAACUCAGUACAUACCAUUUUUACAUCCUUAUUUGUUCAAAAUGGUGAUGCCUUCAUAGUCAAUGAUGAUUGUUUAGCAAUACUAGAAGAAAUCCUCAGAAACCUCACAUCAGAAGAUGUCAAUUUACGCACAUUCCGCCGAGCGAUUGGCUUCGGUCAAAACAUCCGGAAAAAUCUCAUUCCUCUACUACUGUAUGUCAGAGACGAUGCCCAAAUCAAAGACGCUACCAAGAUCAUCGACACCACUAUCAAAAUCUUUGUGAAUCUAACAAUUCCCGUAGAGUAUUUGCUUCCAAUCGAAGCCGUAUCAUGCACAGAAGUCGGAAAGCACACCGUCUUCGAGCUCAAUAAACUCCUCUCAAGCAGCAAGGAGAUUUUCACAGAUGGCCGCAAUACCAAGGCAUUAGUGGAUCACAUGAAGUAUUUGGUAGAGUCUGAUUCCCAACUAGAUCUGGAGCAGUGUGACAGCAUCAACAAUUGUUUGUUAUUGCUUCGCAAUAUCUUACAUAUUCCCGAAAGCAAAUCGCCGACUUCCAUUGGAUCCGUUUCAUCGUUCAGCAUGCAAAACCAGAUUAUUUGGAAUCUUUUCACUCAGAGUCUGGACAAGAUCAUUAUUUAUUUGAUGUCAUGCUCGCAGAAGAUGUAUUGGGGCGUCACAAUGGUUCAACUCAUCGCCUUGAUGUACAAAGACCAACACGUUGGAAAUCUUCAGAAGCUUCUCAAUCUCUGGUUGGAAGCGUCGUACAGCGAUAGCUCAGAAGAUAACGAGAGCAACACCUCUCCCCCCGAACAAGGAAGUGAUGAUUCUUCUCCGGUCAUUACUUCAGAUCCCACUUCUGAUUCAAGUGAUAAUGGAAACUACACGAACAUGCAUAGUAAUGGUGGUAAUAAGGCCAUUGUGAAUUCAGAAAGGACAUUAUGUAGUACAGAUGGAAUGGUGAGGGCCGUUCAAAACAGGAGUAAGUCUUUGGCAGAUAUGAAAAAAAAUAGCAGUAUUGAAACUGAAACAAGUACAAGUAGUGGAGUGUCUUCCAUGGGGCAUAGUAUGGAGUCAAACGAUCCUCCCUCUGAAACUUCUCACUCAGGCACGCUCAAUGCAAAAGGGGAAAAGAUAUCUAUACGGCCUUCCUCUCAAAGUGAAAUCUCUGAUUGCGGCUAUAUGACCCAAGUUGAAAAUCAAGAAUCAAUUUCGACUUCAAGCAAUGAUGAUGAUCAGCCUCUCCAGAAGCCGAUGCACCAGAAGCCGCACACUUUUCAAAAAACCAGGUUCACUCCCAACAAAAACAGAGCAACAACUGCUUUGGAGAAGAAAGAACUUCGAAGGAAAAAACUUGUGAAACGGAGAAAAACCAAUAUCAUCAACAUGAAAGGUCUAUUACAUCACUUGCCAACAGAUGAGGAUAUCGCCAAUAUUUUGAAAGAAUUUACAGUAGAUUUCUUGUUGAAAUGUUACGGUACAUUAGUGAAUGACUUGCACUCCCACCUGUUGACAAACAUUCACAUUCAAAUCGACACCUCUCACUUUUUUUGGUUGGUUACUUAUUUUUUGAAAUUUGCCACGCAACUGGAGUUAGAUCCCGAGCACAUAAGUCCUGUUUUGUCGUACGAGAUCCUAUCUUAUUUGAUUUUCCAGGGAGUUUGGGUGUAUGAGGAACUUGAAAUCAGCUGUAGAAUACCUGAAAUUGAUCUGAAGCCUUGUUUGAGACGAUUACAUUUGGUGGUGACAGCCAUACGAGAAUUUUUGCAAGGCGUGGAAAGUUAUCAAAAAAUGUUCCAUCUUAACGACGCAGACAAAGACCACUUGGCAACGCUACAAAAGCAAAUAGGAGAAAUGGAAAAUCUGAAAAUGUUGUUCGUUCUAUUAUUGAGACAAUAUAAUCCCAGCAUUCAGAGUAGGCAAUAUUUACAAGAUCUAAUUCUGACCAACCAUAAUUUCUUGCUCUUUCUGGAAAAUUAUUCUGUAGUUCAGAAUCACCAAUGUGGACUCGUGGAUCACUUGAAACAGUUUGCCACUGUUGAUAUAAUGCGUCAAUAUGGAUUGUUGCUGGAGAGUUUCAAAGAAAACGGAGAAUUUGUGAAUAAUUGCAUAUUUACUAUGAUGCAUCAUAUCGGAGGAGAUCUGCAAAAUGUAUCAUCCCUUUUUCAACCUAGUAUAUUGAAAACAUUUUCACAAAUUUGGGAAACUGAUUAUGAAUUAUGUGACGAUUGGUCAGAUUUGAUAGAAUAUGUCAUUCACAAGUUUAUAAAUAAUCCAAGUAGUCCCUGCGUCGACAGUGCGAACACGUCGUUAACCACAGAGAAUCCUCAUAAAGAUUCAAAGGAAGUAGAACAUUUUUCUCACUCAGAAUACAGCCAGCCCGAGUUUAGCUCUCUAGAUGAAAUACUGAUAUUAUUUAGGUGGACAAGAGAAGAAAAAGAGAACCUCAUCAAGUAUUACAACCAAAGCAGAGAAUCUUCUGACGCGAUAGCGAAAAUAACGGAAAAAUACGAGGAAAGUGGUAUGAGGUACAAAACACCCCAUGCUGUCAUUCAUGAACUCUUAGAACAGAAUAUCAUCACCGAAAACGAAUACAAUGACCUUACAAAAAACAAAAUAGAACGAUUCGAUUCCGACGAGAAAAUAUUCGAAAAUUUCUCCAUGGACAAUACAAAAAGCGAUCACCCGAUCGAUAACGAUAUUAAAGUGUUGAGAGAAUUCCUGUUCAAGGAAAACAAAGGGAAGUUUCUGAUGUGGUUACAAACCUCUCUAUUGGAGGCUUGUUAUGUAAAAUUAGUGCUGAGUAAUCCAGAUGAAUUUCCGGAUAAUAAAAUGGAACCAACGGUUUACUAUUCUGCAUUGUUGGGUUUACCGAUUCCAGUAAUACCAUGGACAUGUGACCAGGCGAAUAUUCUGAAACAUCAACCAUUUGUAUUACUUCUACAUAAACUGGGUUUUUAUUUGCCAGCAGAAACUGGCAAAAUUUUUGUGAGGAUUCCCAAUUUCUGGACUGCUGAUUAUAUUUUCAACAUUGCUCAACAGCUAGGUCCGAUUCAAACAGAUAAACUCAAAUUCGAUGUUAACAAACUGAAAAGUAUAAGUGAAUGUCGCCAUCCUGAUAUCAAAUCAACAAUUUCCUCAACAUUUUUCGAUUCGACGAGGUUUUCCAUGAUAGAAUUGAAACAAACUCCAUCUGUAGUACGAUAUACCCCUUU